ACCUGUCGCGAGCGCUGUGUUUUUCCCGUCUGUGUCGCGAGCAAAUGAUGACAGCACGCUUUGACAUAGGACGACAGGAGACACAAACACAGGAGAGAGACCCUGCUGCUUUUUAAACCGUAUGCGGUUAGAAAACGGAACAUUAACAGGCAGUGCCUCAGCCAGCCAGUCAACCGGGGAGCAGAAUGUCAAGACAGCAGCAGCACCGGACGCCGUUAAAACUCACCGACAACGUGGUGGAGGUCAAGAGCAAAUUUGAGGCAGAAUACCGUCGCUUUGCCUUAAAGAGGAAUGGCCCGGGUGGCUUUCAGGAGUUCUACCUCCUCCUUCAAACCAUCCAUCGCAUCCCUGGUGUCGACGUAAUGUUGGGAUACGCCGACGUCCACGGAGACCUCCUUCCAAUCAACAACGACGACAACUUCCAUAAAGCUGUCUCGUCAGCCAAUCCACUGCUCCGCAUUAUCAUAACAAAGAAAGAGGAUGAACCUGUAGUUUUUGCCACCAACUCCCUUCAGAGGCGUAAAAAGGGGCUGGGCUUGACCGGACUGCGCACCACUGGCUCAGGCUCCACCCACUCAAAGAACAAACAGAGCCUUAUGAUUGGCCUGCCACAGAACUUCAGACAGAUCUCAUCCAUCAUUGAUGUGGACAUCUUACCUGAGACACACCGUCGUGUACGACUUCACAAGCAUGGUACCCACAAACCACUGGGCUUCUACAUCCGUGAUGGGGUCAGUGUAAGGGUAACACCACAGGGCGUUGAGAAGGUCCCGGGGGUGUUCAUAUCUCGUCUGGUACGUGGUGGGCUAGCAGAAAGCACAGGGCUGCUGGGAGUUAAUGACGAGAUCCUCGAGGUCAAUGGCAUCGAUGUAGCAGGAAAAUCUUUGGAUCAGGUUACAGACAUGAUGGUGGCCAACAGUCACAACCUCAUUGUGACUGUCAAACCAGCUAACCAGAGAAACAAUGUGGUGCAUCGUGGGAGUAAAACCUCAAUGGGCAAUUCUGGCUCUGUGGGCUCAGCUGGAUCGACAGGCUCUGCUUUGUCACAUGACUCACCAAGCCCUGCCUCACAGAGCAACCCUAUUACAGCAAGCAACAGCAUUACCGAAGGCGACAGCGAUGAUGAUGAUGAUGAUGAUGAUGAUGGUGAUGUCAUUCUAGAAAAUGACUGCCUUACAUCCUACGGUUCCCACCGGGUAACCAACAGCAACAACACUAACCUCAUUAGAGACUCACCUAGCAACAGGCCGCACACUUCCACUGUAGUUAGGCCUCUCCCACAGAGCGUCUCUUUGCCUAAUAGUGUUGGAGCAUCUCUGUGUGACAGCUUCACGAUGGUGUCCAAUCACAACGGAAACCCCACCCACACAUCUAGUAGCAGUCAAGAGAGCAUGAGAGAGGAUGGCAACAUGAUAACACUGUAACCAUGAUAACACUGGCAGCAACACUGAUACAGUCAGGACUAUGGACUGAUACAACCACAGAGUGCUGAAACCAAGACAGCUCCAGAUGGCAGUUCUUCUGUCAGCCAGACAGCAAACUCAGCAGCACCUUUUCUCUCUUAAAGGUUCCUUCUGUUGACUGACUGGUACUUUCUGUCCUACAGACUACAGGGACUUAGGCAUUCAGACACAGCAUAGAGCCUUGGUGGAUCAUGGCUUAUCACAAUCUACAGGCAACACUGACCUUUUUAUACGUCUGCCACACAUAUUGAGUUAUGUAUAGAACUUUACUGUCAGGUUCAAACAAUAAUUUGUAGUCACCCAAGGGAUCAGUUUUAAUGCCACAAUGUGUUAAGUAAUCAAUAUAGACUCACAGGGAGCAACAAUAAGAAAUAAUUGCAAAUUUUCUUAUAAAAGCCAUAGAUCCGUUUGUCAACGUAUUAAAUAAGUCAUCUUUAUUCCAAAAUUCUUUGUGUGAAAAACUAUAAAUCUGUAGUUGCACCAAUGAGAAAUAUCACUUGUAACCGCAGAAUGGCUUAUAAUAGUAUGAUGAAAGAACAAUGUAAAGUGUAUCAAUGAGAGCACUAUUUUUUGGCAGCACAAUAACAAGUCCAAGUAGUGCUUUGACUGUUUGGUAUUUUCCUGACACUAAAAUUCUGUUUGCCCACAUCUGUUUCCAGUGCAAAGUCACUGUGCUGCCAAUUUAGUUACUUUUCACAAAUGCACAGCCAUAAUCUGAAUUAUCUGCUACUUCUGCUACUACUGCAUGUAUUUCAACCAGCACAUGCAUUUAAAUUUGAUUGGAAAAUUGGAAAAGUUUGGUGUGGUUAAAGCAAAGAUGUCAGUGAAAAUGAAUGUGAGAUUGUCCUAGUAUGUGUUGUCCACAGCUACUUUGUAUUGUUUAAAUACAAGUUCAUUUACUCACUGCAGACAUGUGAAGGCAGCAGGACACGGAUGGUGAUAAAUCUGGAGUCUCUUAUUUGUGAAGUGUCAUUUACAGUUGUUUCAGAGCCAUAAGAGCAGUGUGAUUGGCUGAGACUGUAUUCAUUACUCAACUUGCCCUCAUGAUCUAUAUACCACCUCAGCACAUGAACCAAAUUAUUAGGCAGGAUGUCCACACAGUCUGUGUGCCCGAGACCCACAGCUUUGUACUGGUUGUUGCACUUGCAACAUUAGAAUAGUGACCUAAUUGUAUUAUAAAUCACAAAACACCAAAUAUAUUCCAGGCAGAUUCGACUGGUUGAAAUAAUCUAAAAGUGAGUUGGAAGGGAUUUGAUAAAAAAAACAAUUACUGUGAAUCCUAUAUAAUUUUUCUGAUUUUUAAAAUCAUGUCAUCAAUAUUUAUUAAGAAAAAAGGAAGGGGGUGAGAUGGAAAGGUGUGUUAAAUAUGUGAUGUAAGUAAACAGUAACUUAUUUUUUUUAAUGAUUUUCACAUAAUUUAAGAAAUUAUUGAAGUGGAGACAUCAAUUCUCUCCCUGGUUAACAAAACUGUAAUCAUAUAAACACAUACACACGCAUGUGUCUGCUAAGAAGGCCUGGAGUUGUAUGCUUAGAACAUGAGGUCUGCUGUAGAGUAUGAAAAGCUUGCUGGCAAGAUCAGUGAGGAUGACAAGCAACACUAUUAACAAGACACUUAAAAUGACAUGGCAAGGGUAAAAAUAAGGAAAACUGUCGUGUUUGAACAGUCUGAGUGCUGUGUGAGUGUUGUUACACCCUUAUCUGAUUCAUAUAAAUUUGUGUGUGCCUGGGUGAGGCUGGAGUUGAAGUUGUAUUGCCUUGCAGUCAAAAAUGUUGGCUGACUCAAUGACACACACUGCACUCUUUGUUUACUGUCCUCUGUCUCAUGUUCCACUUCCAGUCACAGUUGGUAUUUUUGGACUGAUAGCCACAAAGAAUCCCCCAGCAAGUUUACAUGGUGUUAGAAAAAACUGAAAUAAUUUGUUAAUUAAACUAUAUCUGGACGUUUAAAAAACAUGUAAACAUGUUAGUCCAACUGAAAUCAUACUAAGUCGAAUUUCUCAAAGUCGUAUUAACAUAUCCUGCGGUUGGUGGUCGAUUUACUCUUUCAUAUAUAUGCCUAAAUUGGACCUGACCUGGCUUAGGUAAUUGCGCAUGCUCUAUAGUCCCCAUGCUGUGCUUAGACCUAGAAGUGGAACAGUAGAAAUUUAUAGCAGAAAGUGAGAAAAAAACAAAAGAAGACGAAGGAGGGAAGAAAACAAAACAAGACUUACAGUGUAGAGUAUGUAUGAAAUGUACGGCACCGAAAAGUUAUCCUUGCUGUCCCCGUUCAACAUGCAAUCUGUUUGCCGUUUGCUAACUUGUUUGCUACGCAAGGUGAUAGGUGAACAGGAUGAAGGUCCAGUAGCAACUAGCUGAAAGGGGUCAUAUCUCCACCUACUGUGUCAAAGAUGGACAUACUAAAAUCAAUUAUCUCCCCUGUGCUUGCACACUGGGACAAGGACAGAAGUACAAUUAAAUGGCCUGAAGUUUACAAAAAGAUAUCAGUUAGAUGAUGUACACUAGAUGAUGUACAUAUGAUCUUAAAUCCUCUUUGUCAACAUUUGGUGAUGCCAGCGUGCUUGCUACCAUAGCUGUAUGCUUUAGUAUGUUAUUUAUCAGAAAUAAAAAUCAUAAUACCCUCACAGAAAUAUUAUAUAGAGCUUCAUAGUCUGCUUGUGUUUAGUGUCCUUCCACAGUGGGGAUGCCAUGUUGUUCUAAUCCUUCUCAAAACAGUCCUUUUGCCCUGGGGAAGAAAUACCGUGAAAGACUUUGAACUGGUUAAAACUAACUAUUGAAGUGACCAGUUGUCAAAUUAAGAUUAAUAUUACUAUUAUUAAAAUGUUGUUCCUGACCUCAGUACUCGUCUGUGUGUGUACAGCUCAGGCUGGUGUAACUGUCUCCUGAUGUGUCAAAUAAAGAUCGAGCGCUAAUGGAAGACUGAAUAGUUGUGGAGGCAGAAGUAAAUGUUGCACCUUCAACCCAAACCUGGCUGAUUAUUAUUACUAAAAGGACGUAUCAUAUUUUAAAUAAAAUGCUCAUUCUCUACUUGAACAUGUUGCUCAUAAAAAUAGCUCAAGGAAAUAGCUGGAGGAACUUUAAGGACAGCAUGAGUAGUGCUUAGAUUAUCAUCCAAGUCCACUGAUGUUAAACUGGAUGCACUUUGUCAAAAUUUGUAAUCAACAACUGUACACACACACGCGCACACACACAAAAUUACCUUUUUUAUGUUGUUUGUAUGUCUUUGUUUAUGGGCUCUUA